AUGCGGGCCCUGUGGCUCUGCUGGGCACUCUGGGCACUGCCCCUGGCCGGCCCCGGGGCGGCCCUGACCGAGCAGCAGAUCCUGGGCAGCCUGCUGCAGCAGCUGCACCUCAGCGAGGUGCCCGCCGACAAGGCCGACGUGGACGGGCUGGUCAUCCCUGCCCACGUGAGGGCCCAGUACGUGGCCCUGCUGCAGCGCAGCCACGGGGCCCGCUCCCGGGGGAAGAGGUUCAGCCAGAACUUCCGAGAGGUGGUUGGCAGGUUCCUGCUGUCCGAGGCCUCCACGCACCUGCUGGUGUUCGACAUGGAGCAGCGGCUGCCGCCCCACAGCGAGCUGGUGCAGGCGGUGCUGCGCCUCUUCCAGGAGCCGGUCCCCAAGGCCGCGCUCCGCCGGCACGAGCGGCUCUUCCCGCGCAGCGACCGCGCCCGGGUCACCGUCCAGUGGCUGCACAUCCGCGAGGACGGCUCCAACCGCACCUCCCUCAUCGACUCCAGGCUGGUGUCCAUCCACGAGAGCGGCUGGCAGGCCCUGGACGUGACGGAGGCGGUGACCUUCUGGCAGCAGCUGCGCCGGCCCCGGCAGCCGCUGCUGCUGCAGGUGUCUGUGCAGCGGGAGCCCCCGGGCCCGCGGGGCUCGGACGCCCACAGGCUGGUCCGCUUCGCCUCGCAGGGGCCGUCGGGCGGCGGGCAGGGGGAGCCGCAGCUGGAGCUGCACACCCUGGACCUCAGGGACUAUGGAGCUCAGGGAAAUUGUGACCCGAAGGUGCCAGUGACCGAGGGCACCCGCUGCUGCCGCCAGGAGAUGUACAUUGAUCUGCAGGGGAUGAAAUGGGCUGAGAACUGGGUCCUGGAGCCCCCGGGCUUCCUGGCCUAUGAGUGUGUGGGCACCUGCCAGCAACCCCCCGAGCCCCUGGCCUUCAGGUGGCCAUUUCUGGGGCCUCGCCAGUGCAUCGCCUCGGAGACAACCUCGUUGCCCGUGAUCGUCAGCAUCCAGGAGGGCGGCAAGCCCAGGCCCCAGGUGGUCAGCCUGCCCAACAUGAGGGUGAAGAAGUGCAGCUGUGCCUGGGAUGGGGCGCCCGUGCCAAGGAAGCUGGAGCCGUAG